AUGCAUCGGCCCGACCCAAAAAGACUGAUCUUUGAGAGUCAGAUCCGACCCGUCAAAACCAGAACUGAACCCAUUAGCAUCGUACCCCAACCUGUUAGCAUCAGAACCCAACCUGUUAGCAUCAGAACCAACCCGUUAGCAUCAGAACCCAACCCGUUAGCAUCAGAACGCAACCCGCUAGCAUCAGAACCCAGCUCGUUAGCAUCAGUAACAAACCUGUUAGCAUCAGAACCCAACCCGUUAGCAUCAGAACCCAACCCAUUAGCAUCAGAAACCAACCUGCUAGCAUCAGAACCCAACCUGUUAGCAUCAGAACCCAACCUGCUAACUUCAGAACCCAGCUCGUUAGCAUUAGACCCCAACUCGUUAGCAUCAGAAUCCAACCUGCUAACAUCAGAACCCAGCUCGUUAGCAUCAGAACCCAACUUGUUAGCAUCAGUACCAAUCCCGUUAGCUUCAGAACCAGACUCGUUAGCAUCAGUACCAAACCUGUUAGCAUCAGAACCAGACUCGUUAGCAUCAGAACCCAACCUGCUAGCAUCAGAACCCAACCUGCUAGCAUCAGAUCCCAACCUGUUAGCAUCAGAAUCCAACCUGCUAACUUCAGAACCCAACUCGUUAGCAUUAGACCCCAACUCGUUAGCAUCAGAAUCCAACCUGCUAACAUCAGAACCCAGCUCGUUAGCAUCAGAACCCAACUUGUUAGCAUCAGUACCAAUCCCGUUAGCUUCAGAACCAGACUCGUUAGCAUCAGUACCAAACCUGUUAGCAUCAGAACCAGACUCGUUAGCAUCAGAACCCAACCUGCUAGCAUCAGAACCCAACCUGCUAGCAUCAGAUCCCAACCUGUUAGCAUCAGAAUCCAACCUGCUAACUUCAGAACCCAACUCGUUAGCAUUAGACCCCAACUCGUUAGCAUCAGAAUCCAACCUGCUAACAUCAGAACCCAGCUCGUUAGCAUCAGAACCCAACUUGUUAGCAUCAGUACCAAUCCCGUUAGCUUCAGAACCAGACUCGUUAGCAUCAGUACCAAACCUGUUAGCAUCAGAACCAGACUCGUUAGCAUCAGAACCCAACCUGCUAGCAUCAGAACCCAACCUGCUAGCAUCAGAUCCCAACCUGUUAGCAUCAGAACCCAACCUGCUAGCAUCAGAACCCAACCUGCUGGCAUCAGAACCCAACUCGUUAGCAUCAGAACCCAACCUGCUAGCAUCAGAACCCAACCUGCUAACAUCAGAACCCAACUCGUUAGCAUCAGAACCCAACCUGCUAGCAUCAGAACCCAACCCGUUAGCAUCAGAACAGAACUAACGAUAACGCUAAAUCUACUAACGCUAGCAUCUCAUUCAUUCAAAACCCAAAAUUCUGCAUUUAGUCAGACAGAAAGUAGGCGGAGUCUCUUUGUUUGUGUAAAAUUAAUAAUUUGUUGUGGAUCUUUGAAAGUUGGACUGGUUCAUUCCUGUGUGUGUGUGUUCUCCUAUUUUGGCAUCAGAGUGAGGACCGUUCCUCAGAUUUACCAUUGAAACUAUGUGACGCCGAAAGCAACAUGGCCGCCCCUCAUCCAUUCAAUACAGGUUAAAUACAGUCCCGGCAUGGGCAGGCACUACAGACACCACCUGGUCAGAACCAGACCCUCAUCAGAACCAGAUCCUCAUCAGAACCAUCAGAACCAGACCCUCAUCAGAACUAUCAGAACUAGAGCUUCUUUAAACAUUUCAUAGCAGCGUUUUUGCACAGUUCUGUUUAUUUAUUGGUUAGACGCCAUUAAAACUCUUAAUUCAUUCUUUCAAUAAUUUAUCACAUUUUAAUUUAAAUCUAUUAAUGAACCACCUUUUUAUUUCAGAAACCUUUUUGGACCUAAGUUAUUGAAUAAGUAAACAUUUAAGCACAGAAACUCAAACUCAAACAUUUAUAGUUUUUUUCUUUACCAUUAGAUUGGAUGGUUGAAGGUUUUAAUCUUUUAGUUUUUUUUUAGAAACCCUCUGAUAUUUUAUGCAACAUUUUUAAAAACAAAAAGUGAGCAAUCCAUGAAUUGAAAAAAUAUAAUGAGGCAUUAAAAUAGUUAGAGAUAAGCGGAGUGAGAUGCAUUUCUAUUGGUCUGCUGGAUGUUAGCAGCACUUUGAUUGGUCCAGAAAAACUUCCUCUUAAAACCUUUGAUUUAGAAAUGCGUUUAAAUAUUUAAUUUCUGGAUAAAUUUGUUUUUUUCAAAUUCACUCCAUACAGGAGGGACUGAAAUAAAAGCUGUUUUUUAAAAAUGAUUUUUUAUCAUUUGUCAGUUAUAUUAUGAAAGUAAAGAAAGAGAAAAUAAAUGAUCAAUGGGAGUCCUCACUACAGAUGGCAAGAUCAGAGUGUGUGCAUGUGUUUGGGGGGGCGGGGUCAACGUGUUCUCCACUUCCUGUUGUGUAUCAGCUGUGCAGAUGUGAAUGAUGACGUCCAGAUGACUGAUGUUCAUAUAAAAACUGCUGACUUCUCCA